AUGAGCAUCGAGGGCUUUCGCACCCGUCCAGUUGAUCUGAUGAACCCUGUUCAAUUUGCGCCGCCGCCUGGCGAGUUGGAAAUUUUUCCCCGCGUGACUCUUCGCCAGGACGGCAUUCUCGAUAUUGACAAGCUGCAUAGGGAGCUUGCGGCCGAAGCGCUUAGCCCAGAUAAGCCACCGAGCGACAAACAGGCAACCACAACCGACACACCAACCGCCACCAAGACCGCGGAGACCGGGCAACGCUUUAUGCGACAGGCGCGACUUCGACGAGCCCGCAGUAAACUCUCCCGUUUCCGCACCCAGCCAAUCACCUUUGCGGAAAUCACUGAAGCAGAUGAGACUGAGGAAAUGGUCCAGCCCUCACCGCUGCCGGCGAGCACUAGUAAUUUUGAUUUUGCCAGCUGUCGGCUGAAAGCGGACAGUUAG